AUGUCGACGACACUUGGCUCAUUCAUUGCUGGCGGCAUAGCGGCAUGCGGCGCGGUCACGGUCACACACUCCUUCGAGACAGUUAAGAUCCGGCUACAGUUGCAGGGCGAGCUGCAAGCGAAGCAAGAUGCGCCGAAACUGUAUCGAGGUGUGCUGCAUGGCGUUAGGGUGAUAUACCAGAAUGAAGGCAUGAGAGGGCUGCUACGCGGAUUGAGCUGCGCAUACAUCUACCAAAUGACGCUCAAUGGCUGUCGGCUUGGCUUCUACGACCCUAUACGAACGUCGCUCAAUUCACUAGCUCUCAACAGAGACCUCUCCCAUAUGCAAGAUACACGCGUGAAGCAGUACCAAAGCCUGCCUAUUAACAUUUUCUCUGGCGCCACGUCUGGUAUCCUCGGCGCGGCGGCCGGCUCGCCUUUCUUCCUUGUCAAAACCAGGUUACAGUCCUACUCGCCCUUCUUGCCUGUGGGCACCCAGCAUCAGUACCGCAACGCGUGGGACGGCUUGAGCCAGAUCUACCGAGCAGAAGGCAUCCGCGGCCUGUAUCGCGGCAUCUAUCCUGCAAUGGUUCGGACAGGCUUCGGGUCUGCCGUGCAGUUACCGACAUACUUCCUCGCGAAAAGGCGGCUCCAGUCGUGGUUCGACAUGCCAGACGGAGCGCCACUGCAUUUGCUAUCUUCCACGGCGUCUGGGUUUGUGGUGUGUGUGUUCAUGCAUCCUCCGGACACGGUCAUGAGCCGAAUGUACAACCAGACCGGCAAUCUGUACUCGGGCGCUUUCGAUUGCUUGUACCGUACGGUCAAAACUGAGGGGAUUCUGGCUGUAUAUAAGGGCUUCUUUGCACAUUUGGCGCGUAUCUUGCCGCAUACGAUCUUGACGCUGAGUCUGGCGGAGCAGACCAACAAGCUCAUGCGACGGUUCGAGGAGAGCGCUCUGGGCAUACCGGACAAGACGAAGGCCAAGAUAGCAUAG